UCACCAGAUUGUGUGUAAUUAAUUAUAAUGUUAACUUACGUAUUUGUUUAUGUUAAAACUCUUGUAUAAAUGUAUGUAUGUAUAAGUUUUAACUAGACCAAGACAGACAGUGCAUUGAGGCUGAUUCAACACUUUGUUCUGGAUUACUUUCUCCUUUAUCACCAAUGAAUUCCAGAUCACUUUGUUGCUUGUGUGCAAUGCUAUUUGUUGUUAAACAUGCUGUCCAAUGCAUUCCAUUGGCCUUAGACAAUGGUUUAAGAAGAAAUCGUGAAUCUGUCCUAAUUGUUAAAUCUGUCAACGUCGAUUUAGAAAAUGGUUUGGGACCACAAAAUGAAGUUGCACAGUCCACAAGUGCUGUCCCCGUUGUUAAAUCUGUCAACAUCGAUUUAGAAAAUGGUUUGAGACCACAAAAUGAAGUUGCACAGUCCACAAGUGCUGUCCCCGUUGUUAUAAAUCUGUCAACAUCGAUUUAGAAAAUGGUUUGAGACCACAAAAUGAAGUUGCACCGUCCACAAGUGCUGUCCCCGUUGUUAAAUCUGUCAACAUCGAUUUAGAAAAUGGUUUGAGACCACAAAAUGAAGUUGCACAGUCCACAAGUGCUGUCCCCGUUGUUAAAUCUGUCAACAUCGAUUUAGAAAAUAGUUUGAGACCACAAAAUGAAGUUACAAAGUCCACAAGUGCUGU